CUAGCAACGCGGUCGCCAUAUUGAAUUCGUUGAAAACAAACCAGCUCACAGCGAACACAGCAUUGACAGAAAAGGCAUUUAACGAGGUUUCACGGCAUUUUAAACUGUUCUAAAUGGCGUAUGAUUAUGUAAAUAGUCUUUUCAGUGAGGCUAGGUUAAGAUACGAGUUAAAAUGUUCUGUAGUUGGAUUAAACGACUGCCUAGCUUACCGCCUUCCAGCAGAUGCGUGGACUGAUAAUCCUACACAAUGGCCGGACAUGGAAUUUGGAAAUCUUUAUGUCUACCUCACAAGCGCACCAGGGGGCGAACAGUUACGGGCAGCAUGGACGUGGAGAUGAGGAGGACCAGGCAGUCCCGCGGCUCUCAAACAAGGCUCCCCUACAAGGAAGGGCGGUCCGGACCGUCAAUGGUGGCGGUGGACACACCGUAGUUAUCACCGAUGACGGAGAGGCGUUUGCAUGUGGGCUAAAUGACAGAGGCCAGCUGGGACUUGGCCACACUGCCAACUGCUCAACACUUCAACGCUGCUCGGGCCUCAAUCAGAGAGUCACAAAUGUUGCCUGCGGAUGGGAUUUUACUCUUCUUCUCACUGAUUGUGGUAGAUUGUUAGCCUGUGGCUCCAAUAUUUUCGGACAACUGGGUAUUGGUGACACGACGACACAUCAUGCGGAGCUGGUGCUGGUUGAGGGUCUAACCGAGCGUGUGGUCAGUGUAGCAGCAGGCCUCAGGCACGCUCUUGUCGUCACCGACUCCAGAUGUGUCUACCAGUGGGGCACAGGUCUUUUUAAUCUUGCCAAGAGAGCACUCAGUCUGAACCCUGUUCCACCCCACCUCAAUUCCAAGGUUCCUUCACUGGUACCAGGUAUGGAUCAGAAGGUGCCGCACAUCGUUACUGCAGGCUCAGCUCACUGUGUGUGCCUUACAGGAAAUGGUGAUUUGUUUCUGUGGGGAAGCAACAAACAUGGCCAACUCACUGCUACAGAGUCUUUCCUGUCCACUCCCACUCAGCUGAAGCGCUCACUAUUGGGUGGAGAGAAAAUUGUCAAAGUGUGGAGCGGCUGGACUCACGUUAUUGCCCAAACAGAGAGUGGUAGAGUGUUCACAUGGGGCAGAGGUAAUUAUGGACAACUGGGCCGUCCUUUGACAAGGGCUCUAAAUAGUGAGCACCAGUCUGCAGAUGGUGGAAGUCAAGCUUACGUCCCCGCAGAGGUGAAAAGCCUCUGUGAAGCUACACAGAUUGCAUGUGGAUCUGAGCAUAACCUCGCCAUUGUUGGGGGGCGUCUGCUUUCCUGGGGCUGGAACGAGCACGGAACAAGCGGAGACGGUUCACUGGCCGACGUUUUUGAGCCGCAGCUCGUUCCCGGUGUCACGCCUCUUCUCAUUGGCUGCGGGGCCGGACACUCAAUGGUGGUGUGCGCAGGGAAGACGUGCAAAGACCACUGAUAAACUGCACAUAUUGGAGACAGCGCUUGUCUAAAACUAGAGCUGAAUUCCUGAAAUUUAAUUAUUUUAUGAACGAACUGACUCAAUUGGUUUUGGAAAUAUGCAGCAACUUUCACCUUCCUAUCGACAAGGGUAGUUAUGUGCAUGUGUCAUAAAUAUCUGGAUGUGUGUGGUCAUGACUUAUGUCUGGUGUGGACAGGGGCCAAUAAUUUCUCUGGCCUGCCCGUCACUUUAACGGCCAUGAUGGUGGGCGAUGUCUUUACAGGACAUGGUCAUUCCAAAGCUUCCCACCAUGUUGUCCCUCCUGAAUGAAUGAAGACGUUAAGGCUAAUGUGGGGGAUGGGCCCGGCUGCCGCUUCAAGUCCAUCUUCCCAUGUCAGCGUUUUUAUUGCCGUGAUCUUGAACGUUGGGAGGUGCUGAUGCCCAUACUUUAUAGCCGCCAUUUGUGUCACCGGGUGAUUUACUUAUUGCACAGAAAUAUUCCUGUACCAAACUUGCGUCACAUGAACUUAAUGGGAAGUGCACUUUUUGGGGGGAAUUUUGCCUGUCAAUCCCCAUCACUAUGUGAGACAAGCACACACAACACUUUUUUAUGCAUUCUAAAUCGUAAAUAAAUGCUAGCAAGAGGCAGCUAAGAAAGGAAGUAAUGGGGAUUCGAUCUACGCCCUCUAAAAACUUCCAACAACGUUUUAUAUACAUGCUGUAAGUAUAUACUGCAUGUAAUUUAGUAACAUGCACAUUCAUUAUAAUAUAUAAUAUUUAAGUAUUUUUGUCAUUUUAAUCAUAGUCAGAACUUUUAUGGGCACAUUGAUUUCACAGAGCGCAUCGUAACGUUCGCUAUUUCAACAAUAAUUCAUGGUGGACAUCAUUAGAGACAGCGAUGACAACUUUGGGACAAAUGGUGAUCCAUAGCCCUAUAUUUUUGAGUCCGAAUAUACGGAGGAUAAGCUACAAGUUUUAGAAACUGUGUUUAGCAGAUCCAGCUCCAGUAUUGCGAAGUAUUAAACAAGAAAUACAAACUACGAACAUAAUAAAACAACCACUUAUUGUACAAUGUCCGCUCUCACUUGGAUGCUGACUGAUGGGAUGUUUAUAUGAUUCAGCACAAGACUUAGUUUUAUCAUGAUCCUUAUUUAUGUUUAAAAAAAAAAGAGGCAGCAAACGAGCAUACUAUCUUACAGAGCCCCUAAAGGGACAUGGUGGAAAUGUUUUUUUGUAUAAUUUUUUUUUUUUUUUCAGACAUGUAAGACCCUAACCCGCACGAGAAACUUUUUAUUAAAAAAAAAAAAUUAAAAGAAAUUCAUAAUUUAUUUAUUUUAUUUAUUUUUUUUUAUAUAUAAAGUUUCUCGUGCGCACGAGAAAGCAUUGGAUGCGUGCGCGUGGUUUGAGGUGUGUGUGAAAAUGGCAGUUCAGGAGUUAAUUUGGCUGUAUUUCCAACUAGGACUUACCCCCAUGUGUGUUGUGGCAAAAUGUGAAUGCCUGCCAAAAAUCUACAUUUUUGUCUUGAUCUGUCCACAGCGGAUUCCUAGGUGUGAGACAAACACUUUAUCUUCCUGGUUAUUGUAUCGCUACGUGUUUGACAUUAUUUAAGGCUUUAUCGUGCCCGGAAAAGGACAGUUUUCCUCUUCUGUGGCUGUGUGUGUGUGUGUGUGUGUGUGUAGGGCGUGGCUUGCGGACCUGCAGCGGGAAAAGAAAUCCCCCAUGUCCCUUUAGGGGCUCCGUAGUAUCGCAUCUUCCUUGCAAUGUCUUUCAAAUUUGACUAACUUCUUGGUUUUUACCUACACCGUCUACCAUACCGGUGAGAGGCAUGAUUUAUGAUCUAUUGCACACUUUUACCAACUCAGGGGUGAUACAGCUCAUCUGCUCAGUAGGUCAAGAGCUGCAGUAGGUAGUUAUCGUCAUCAACAAGGCGCCUAGUACUAAAAUAGUCCCCCUGUGUUAGCUCUUACAAUAACACUGUCGCUAAUGCUUGGUUAAUAGGGUCAUGGCAUGUAAAUUGAGUAUAGUUGGUGGGUUUUUUUAGAGGGCUUUUUAGGUGAAAUAGAUCAAUCCUAUUGUUAGACGCCUAGUACUAGCCGUAUUUUACAAUCUAGACUGCACAAAAAGAGGAAAAUGUGUGUUCUUGUCUCCAAAAAAGAUUGUGCAUGAUAGGCAAAAUAAAAACGAGUGCAAUUCCCCUUUAAAGUAUUGCCAUAUCAGCACCAUCUUGCAUAUUUAUAAGCUGUGCAGGCAUCUGCAGUGCAGUACCUGGAAACCACGCAGGUUAAGGCCAAUGUGCAGGAUCAGCAUGGCUCAUAAAUAAUGCUUGAAUUAUAGUUACUUUAUUUAUUUCUGUUUUUAUUCAACAACACUCAGCAAAUUAAAUACGCUUUGUAUCUCAAAUGCACAAAUGUUUUUUAAAUUUAAAAUGUUUUUAAAGAAAACAGAAACCCUUCUGACAAUGAUCAUUUGUGUUUGUUUGUUAAAUUUUAUUUAACACUGUUUAUCACACAGGUCUCAACUGUAUUGUUUAGAGAAGACACCAAAAAGUCCCUAACUAACAAACCGAUGAAAACUACCACUGAACACCCAACUAAGAGAACUAGCCACACAAAACACACGUAUGUGCGCACACACACACACACUCAAAUCUCACUAAAAGUCACACAUUAGUUGCGUCUUACAUAUGAUGCCUGUUAAAUGAGUUUGUUUAAUAAUAAUAUUGUUACAAUGCCCAGAACCCGGUUCCCAGUGGUUGGUUGGCAGUGUGUUUGCAGUUGUUUGUUAAAAAGUUGGUCCCUUUUACACUAACUUUUCCACACAAACAAUGGAAGCUGCACUUUGAACAUGUCUGUAAUGGUUGUUAUCUACUAAUUACAAUGCUCAUUACUGCCUUUCCAUGUUGAACCACACUGGGAUUCUUGUACAAUGAAUAGAAAAUCACCAUCACGUAAAAUGCCAGCAGUUUACGUAAAAUAAAUUUAUAUAUGCAUUGCAAUUUUUACUUUUAAUUACUACAUACCUUCUAUUUAACUACUCACAAAAAAAGGACAAAUAUGUUUCACCAAAAGUACACCAUUGGGUGGCAGUGUCAUUUUUGGGCCAUACAUCCAACUCAAUAGAAUAAAGUUGAUAUUGUUCUUUGGAAUGUUUAAUUCUAGUAAACAUCUAAGAUGGUAUACAUGGUGUUCCCCUCAAAAUCUAACAGAUUUAGCACAUUCUUGUAAAGAUUAAGCUGUUACCAAGUAAAAAAAUGCCUCUUAACUAUAAAUACUUAAUAUUUAUACUUAUAAAAAAAACUCUCUAGGGUAGACUUAAGGUAGACUCUUUUACAUUAUAUGGCGGUUAACUUAUUUUUACACUUAUAUUGCACUCUUCUUAUCAGAAAAAACUAGGUAAUUUUCCAUAUUUAUAAAUUCUAGGUCAACAAACAUCGACAAUUGAAUUGUGUUAAACCUUUACGGUUCCAUCCAUCCAUCUAUGUUCUACCGCUUGUCCCUUUCGGGGUCGCGGGGGGUGCUGGAGCCUAUCUCAGCUGCACUCGGGAAGUCGCCACCUCAUCGCAGGGCCAACACAGAUUCCUCUAUUUAAAAAAAAACAACUGCCAGAUUUUUUACACUUUCUUUUAACUUUUAUUUUUAAUUAGUGGUGUCAAAUUUUGAUUGAUUAAUUACACUCAUAUUUAGCGCAUUAUGUUUUUAAUCUUGUUAAUCCAAUUUUUAAUCUCUUACAUUACUGUCUAUGUAUCCCUUCGAAUUUCCUCGCCUUCUUCUUGUGCUUGACUGAGUGGAACCUCAUUAACGUCAUGCAGCACAAAAAUGCAUCCAUCCAUCCAUUUGCUACCGCUUAUUCCAGCCAUGGCGAAAAGGAGGUUUUUCUCUGUCAUAAAACCUAUGUCAGAAUGCUGUUUUUUGACUAGAGCUCAGCAUUUCGUGCCAUCAUCCCUGAUAUUUUGGUGGAGAAACUGAGCUUCCUGGAUAAAAAAAAACUUCGGACCAACCAACCAUACGUUGUUAAGGUGGGCCAAUUAUGCUCCUCCACACUGUCACUCAGCACUGGCUCCCCUCAGGACUGCGUGUUGGGCCCCCUCCUGUACACCCUAUAUCCUGUAUGCCCUAUAUACAUAUGAUUGGUUCCCCAUUCAUCCCUCGAACAUCAUCAUCAAGUUUGUGCACAGUUGUGUAUCUGAUCACGGGUGGUAAUGAAACAGCCUACAGAGAGAAAAUACAGGCGCUGGCAGGGUGAUGCACCAAGAACAACCUGAGGCUGAACACCACAAAGACCAAGGAGAUGGUCAUUGAUUUUAGGAGACAGAGAGGGGAAGAUGUGUGGAGAUUGGCCUCCUCGAAGUUCCUGGAAACUUACAUCUCGGAGGACCUGACAUGGACUGUCAACACUUCAAGCACUGGUCAAAAAGACACAGCAGAGACUCCACUCCCCUUCUGUGCUGCGGAGGAAUCAAUUUGAGGAGAAAUUGCAUGUAUCUUUUUAUCGGGCCACCAUUGAGCCAGUUCUGAUGUACUGUGUAACUGUGUGGUUUGCUGCCUGCUCUGCUGAAGACAGGAAGGCCCUGCAGAGGGUGACCAGGACAGCGUAGAAGAUUAUGGGCCGCUCUCUGCCCUCCCUAAAGGACAUUGCUUGCUCUUGUUGCUUUGGAAAGGAAUUUUCUGGAAGACACCUCUCACUCUGGUCAGCACUUUUUCUACCUGCUGCCAUCAGGAAAUACAUUUCGGUCACACAAGAGCAGGACAGAGUUAAAAACAAUUUUUAUGCGGGCCAUUGGGAUAUUGAAUCCGUCCCAAUAGCUUACACUGUUUUUCACUGUUGCACUGCUGUUUGUACUGCUAUUUAUUUAUUUUAUUUCUGUGAUGAGGUGGCGACUUGUCCAGGGUGUACUCUGCCUUCCGCCCAAAUGCACCUGGAAUAAGAUCGAGCACCUCCGCAACCAAGUGGUAGAAACUGUAUGGAUGGAUGGUAUUUAUUGUUUGUGUUAUAUUUAACUGCACCUAACAAAGUAGUCACCUGUAAUUUUUCAUGCUCUCAUGUUUGAUGAUAAUAAAGCAUUGUAUUCUAUUCUAAGACUAACGUCCAUUCAUCCGUCCAUCUUCUUUUGCUUAUCCGAAGUCGGGUCGUGCGUGUAGCAGCCUAAGCAGAGAAGCCCAGACUUCCUUCUCCCAAGCUACUUCGUCCAGCUCUUCCCGGGGGAUCCCGAGGUGUUCCCAGGCCAGCUGGAGGCCGGGUCCUGGGUCUUCCCUGUGGUCUUCUACCG